AUGUUUGAUACUACAGAGGAACAGUUUGACCAGUUCAUCAACAUGGUUGCCCCACUGGUUAAGAAUGUCCGAAUGAUUGAGUACAUGAGGAAAAUUCACCGGAAGACAUCCCCUGCUUUUCUGGAGUCAGUACAAUUUCACAAACUUUUGGAAUCGCAACGAAAACACGUGGAAACGGACAGUGCCAAUAUCUUUGUUCACCUACGCGAGUUCUGCACCGAGUUGAAGGCAUAUCGGGUAGAAGCCAAAAAGCGGAAGUUGGAUAGCGACGACGAGAGAACGGGGACUGACACCAAUGGCGUCGCCUCGUCGCAGAAUGACGACGAACCUGUCUCAAAGUCGUUCAAGGUGAACGAUGCAUACGAUCUCCCCCAGGUAAAUGCAUCCGUGGAAAACACUGCUAACGGCUCAAGUCCAAACGUUGCAAGGGAUUCACUUUGCGAUAGGAUAGAGUCGACGAGUGUGGAAGGAAACCAUGAAGACGUUGCAUCGUCAUCAACUUGUAAUCAGGCGGACUAUGUUGAAGUGUUGCAUAGCGUUGCUGGACCGUCAUAUGCUGCCAUCCGUGUGGAGGCUGCCACUGCGACGACGGGAAAAUCCGAAAAGAAAAAGGUGUCUGAUCGUCAGGUCCGGAAGUUCGAAAAGUUAUUGAAGGUGUGGAACAUGUUGUGCGAGCUGAAGGGAAGAACGUCAGAAACGGGACGAUACAUGGAAAAGCGAUUUCGCUAUGAAGGCAGCCGCUAUCAUGAGGUCAAUCGAUCCGUCGAGCGCUUCAUCAAUAAGAAGAAGAUAUUUCCUGAUUUCCAUGACAUCUGCAGGGUAGUGGACAAGCUGCUGGAUACAGAGAUCAGGAGAUUACAAGAGAAAGAGAUGUCGCUGGAGGAUAUGGAUAGUGAUGCUUCCUAUUACCUGAGAGAGGAACAGCUCAAGAAACGAUUUGUGAAAGGUAGUGGACAAGGUGAGGAAUACGGCUCCUUUAAACUUGACUACGUCAGCGGAAUUUUCUAUGGUGUUCCGCUGAUGUCGGAGAGCAGCUGGCAGUGCGAUGCAGCGACCGCCGCGAUUAUCGCCGCCCGACAGUUGCCCGGCUGCCACCUGACGGACGUUGCCGCGGCGACGGCGGGGGAGGAGGGGGCGGCGGCGAUGGAUCCGGCGGAGGAAAGCGAGGAGCUGAGACAAGCACUGGACAGAAGCGUGUUGGAUAAGUAUGAACAGAAAGAGGUGGAAUUGGGUCUGCAACCCGAGGAGGUGUCGAUAUCUGGGGAGGUGGAUAGCAGCAGCGACGAUGCUGAGGAGAAGGAGGAUGUCGUGGAUGAUGACGAUGAAGACACGGAACAAGCUGACACGUCCAGAGACAGCCAUGCAGACGAGGAUGAGGAGGAGGAGGAAGACGGGGAGGUGUCUGAAUCAGAGGAGGAGGACAGCAGCACGGGUAUUGCCGGCAUUGACUCUCAGUCUGCGGAAGAUGAGGUAGAGCAGGAGGAGGAGGAGGAGGAUGAAAGUGAACUUGAGGAAGAAGCAGAAGAUGCGAUGGAAGAGGAGGAGGCAGAGAAAUCGGUGUCCGACGAUAUUGAAGGUACCAGUAACGACGUAACUGCGACGGAAGAAAAUCCGCACGCAAUCGGUGUCGAAAAACUCACCGCCGCCACCAGCGAGGAUUCCACGGAGUUUAGUGGCAGCGCCUCCUGUCAGCAGGUGCCCACUAAUUACAUCGCUAACGCAGAUGUUCCCAGUGGUGCCACCUCUGGGCAGUGCAGGACAACGACUGCCGGCAGUGCAGAGGAAGAGUUGGGGGGCGCCACUAGUGGAAGCAGCCAGAACGGCGGCGAGGUAGCGACGGUGAAACAUGAGAUCGCCACCAGAGGGCGCAGCGGUAGUGACGGCGAUGCGGGGACGUCGAUGUGCACUUCCGAUCCCGCGGAGAAUGCCACCAGAGGGCGCAGCAGGAGUGACGGCGACGAGGAGACGUCGCCGUCCUCCCCAGAAGCCAUGCCCAUCAUCCUUCAGGAGAUGCUGAGGGCGGAUCAGAGCGAGGCAGGCGGCGGCUCCCGACGCCCGCCAGUAGGUGGCACCACCGUCGAAGUCAUCGAACUGCUGGACAGCGACAGCGAUGUCGAGUCGAACGAGGUUCGCCACGAGGGGGCGCCGGCGGGCGUCCGCGCGGCGCGACCGGAGUCGGAGCGGACGUCGGCCGCCAGGUAG